CGGUAGUGGCGCGUGCCCUGUCAUAAGUGUAACCAUCUCGUACCCUUUGACGCUCCUAAAUACUCUUCCGAACGCAUGUGACCAGUUGCUGUGUCGCGUGUAACCCAGAUUGACGCAGCGACGGAGGGGCAGCCUGAGGGACCGAACACCGAUUCCUGGAUAAUGUCUGAGGGCGGCAGUCGUGGCGACGUGGCAAUGAGGGUGAUCGCGAAAGUCCACAGGCCGGGGGUCACGCCGGAGGAGAUGGUGGCCGGCUACAACGAGUGGUCCGAGAACUACGAGGAGAUGAUGAUCUGGAAAGGCGGGUACCGUGGCCCCGCCAUCACGGUGGAGGAGGCGCUGCGUUGGGUACCCCCGGAGCGGCGAGCCAAGGCCAGGGUGCUGGACGUGGCCGCCGGGACGGGCUGCGUGGGCCGCGAACUCCACCGGGAAGGCUUCAGGCACAUAGACGCUGUGGACCCGUCGGAGGGCAUGAUGAAGCAACGGGAGACUGGCAUCUAUACCAACGACUUCCUGGAGUUUUUCGGCAGCGGACACUCCACCGUGCCCAAAGACACAUACGACCUGGUGGUCACCUCGGGCGGUAUGGGCGAAGGUCACAUCUCACACAGUGGCCUCGACGACGUUGUGCGCGUCGCAAAGGACGGAGGCUUCGUGAUCAUCGUGAUGCGCCAUGAGUUCCUACAGACCGUGCCUUCCUACAAGGACAAGCUGGAGCCUUACAUGGACCAGCUGGAGGCGGACGGGAAGUGGAAGAAGGUGGAGCGGCGCAUCGUCCCAAACUAUUUCUGUGACAAGGAGGGUCUCGUCUUCGUCUUCCGCAUCACUAAGCCUGAGUGAGGAGGAAGAGGAGGGAAGGGAAAGGAGAGAGAUGAAGAGGAGGAGUUAUAGUGGUGCUGUGCCAAGGCUGUCUCUGUGUAACAGCCUUGGCUUUCGUCGCGGCACCCGAGACUGAGGUGAAUUAUCGUGCUCUGGCAACCUGGCGUCAUGGCGUCUACGAUGUUAUAUGAUAGUCUACGCAUAGGGCACAUUUGUCUGUAUUAAUCAUAUUAUUGAAAUUGUCGUAAAAAUCUGUUUUAGUUUAUAAGACUGAGGCUGCAGAAUCCUUAACCUCAGACCUUGCUAUCAUCUCCGAUUGGGAUAAAAGGAACCUUUGGGUUUUUGUGUCCUUCAAUGCCUCAAAAACCCAAUUUAUCCACCUUUCAACUCGACACAAUCUUCCAAACACCU